UUUAUUUUGUUUGUCACUCGUUUACAUCCACUUUCCGACAUGGCACGCACAUCGAUGAUGCCAAAAUUAGCGCCCCGCCACCCCCUGCUGCGCGCGGUGAGCAUAGCACUCCUCCAAUCCUCCUAUCUGCUGCACGUACGAGCUACCCCGGGCAGCUGUCCAGGGCCACGCUUCCCACGCCCGAACGAUCGAUGGCCAGUGGCGGCGGCAACGCGGCGGCGGACGCCAAGCACGUCGAUGCGGAGGUCGUCAUCGUGGGCGGCGGCAUCGCGGGGCUGGCGACGGCGCUGGCGCUCCGGCGGGCGGGCGCGGCGCGGCGCGUGCUGGUGCUGGAGCGCCACGCGGGGCAUCGUGCCACCGGCGCCGCGCUCACCAUCUUCCCCAACGGCUGGUUCGCGCUGCGCGCGCUCGGCGUCGCGCACAAGCUCGCCUCCCGCUACGACGCCUACGAAACAUCCAGGGUGACCAAUCUCGAGACCGGGGCGACGCAGGUGUUUCGCUUUGCCGGCAACAAGAACAAGGGCGAAGAAGUCAGAGUGAGGGCGCUUGACAGGAAGGCGCUGCUGGAGGCGCUCGCGGAGGAGCUGCCGCCGGGCACCGUCCGUUUCUCGUCCAAGGUCGUCUCCAUCGACACCGAGCGAGCAGCCGGCGACUCGUCGGUGACCGUCGUCCUUGGAUUGGACGACGGCACGGUGAUCCGAGCCAAGGUCUUGAUCGGGUGUGACGGCGUGCACUCGGUGGUGGCGCGGUGGCUGGGCCUGUCGGAACCGGCGAGCUCGGGCCGGUCUGCCGUCCGCGGGCUCUCCGUCUUCCCUGGCGGGCACGGCGUAAAGCGGGAGCUCCGGCAGUUCCUAUCGGAGGGUCUCAGAGCCGGCAUGGUGCCCAUCAGCGACACCGACAUCUACUGGUUCCUCGUCAACAACACGGUCGCCGCAGAGAAAGAAGCCGCCGGGGACCCGGUGAAGACCCUGCUCGAGGUGACCGACAACCUGGCCAGGCACAUGCCAGCGGAGUACCUGGACGUGGUGCGCCACUCCGACCACGGCAACCUCUCGUGGGCGCCGCUCCUGUACCGCAACCCGGUGUCCGUCCUCCUGGGCCCCGCGGCUCGCGGGCCCGUCACGGUGGCCGGCGACGCGUUCCAUCCCAUGACGCCCGACAUGGCGCAGGGCGGGUGCUCCGCGCUGGAGGACGCGGUGGUGCUCGCCCGGGCGCUGUCGCGUGAGGCGACGCCGGCCGAGGGCGUGUCCGCGUACGUGGCGCAGCGGCGGUGGCGCGCUGCCUGGCUGGUCGCCGGAGCCUACCUGUCGGGGUGGAUCCAGCAGGGCGGGACCAACGUCGGCGGCGUGCGCGGCCGCCUGGUGAAGGUGUUCCGGGACUGGAUCUUCUACAGGUUCGUGUUCCCCCGGCUCGCGGACACCAUGUGGUUCGACUGCGGCGACCUCACGCCGCCGCCGCCCACGGCAGCAGUAGGCAAGAGCCACCACAUCGAGUGAACUCCGAACCACGGCGUGUCAGUAUCAGCUGCAGCUGCUGGGUCAGGAUCCAUGCCUGUGGUAGCACGUGUGACGCGUGUUUGUAAGCUGUGUAAGAUUUUACAAUAUUUCAGGUUCUACAUGUGGCCGUGUAUAUUUUUGGACGGGCGUAUGUAUAGGAGAUACAUAUACCUACACUUGUGAUAUCAUGCUGUGUUUGGGGGUUCCUUAUUUGAUUGUGUGGUCAUCAGGAGAUGCUCCUCCUGUGCAAGCAAGCAAGCAAGAGAUGUCCUCAUGUGAAACCUUUUCAGCCACCCACAUUUUUUUGCUUUAUACUCAUAAAACAUUUGUA